CGUGGUCGUGAUAUAGUGUGAACCUAACCAAGAAAACAGUGGCGAAGAAAAAUAUUUACUGUUUAUGAAGUGAUGUAAUAUGUAAAAAACUGAAUGGACGUUUUUAUUUGAGAUGGGGUGCCUUCCAAAUAGAGGAUAUAUUAUGGUAGCUCCCAGAGUAAACACUGUAGCAGUGCUUCUAAAUAUAGGAUUUAUUUUUAGGUUGGAGCUAGCCAUAGUUUGAAUCAAGAAUUUAAUCUAAAACUGCAUUUCUAAAGGGUUUUGUAAUAGUGACAAAAAUGGCGAAUGACUUAAUAACGAAAGGUAAAGAUAGAUUACAGGAAAUUAGUACAAAAUUAGAGCAAAGUCACUUGGUUUAUUUACAAACGGACGAUAGUCCUUUGAAAUUGCAACAGCGUCACAAACUAGAAGGUUUUAUCAAAGAGUACCUUUGCCUUGUUCCAAAUGAAAACAAAUACGUAUUUCAAGAAACUGCAGAUAUAUUACAUAGAUCAGCAGCUACGUUACAAGAUUUUAGCGGAUAUAGAGCUGUAACUGCCUGGAGCGCUAUUUCUCUAUACGCUGCCAAUCUUCUGGCUCAACCAUGGAGGAAAGAAUAUAGAACUUUGAGGACUUACAGUGGAUAUUAUAAACACGAGGUAGAAGCAAAUUUAAUUGGGGCAGAGUUAAUGUUUGAACAAAUGGGAUACAAACAUACAGGGUUAGGAGUACUCACUUUAGAAGGUCCUAUUGACCCUGAUAAGGUGUCUAGCGUUAGCAGAGACGCGAUCGUUGCUUUUGUUGAAUGUCAGAUUUUAAAACAAAUAUGGGAGAAUGUUUCACAGAAUUGUACCAUCUCAUGGUUGGAAGUCUUAGAAUUUCGAGAAAAUCAUGUUGGUACACCGGAGCAGGCGAUUAGAGCGUUAAAUUAUCGGUUUCUUGAAAAAAUGCAUCAAAAUCGGCCAAAGGCAGAAAAUUAUAGGGAAUAUCAUUAUCCACAACCCACGUGUACAGAUGCAGCAUCGCCGUCAGUUCCAUAUCACAUAAUGCCUCCCAAUUAUAAUAUGCCAAUGCCUGCAUGCCAGUCAGAUUAUCGGUACAUAGAAGAUACAAAUACAAUACCUGGAAAUUACAGAUAUUUUCAGCCAAUGGAUCACGGUUUCGUCAAUCGAUGUAGUGCCUAUGGAUGUUUGCCACACAGCAACAAAUAUUUAAGCGGUGUUAAUCCUUAUUAUACUACAAUGCCAGCAUACACGAGAGUACCGACGUGUAGAUUAAUCGAGCUUGAUAUGCCAGUAUCUGUUGCGAAUUAUGAUAAAUUACAUAAUCGAAAGUCUUCUCAUCGAAUAUCAGAUUUGGAUGACGUAGUUUUUUAUAAAAGACAAUCUAGUGACGGAAACCAUUACGACUAUGGAAGGAUAGAUAAGAAAUUUACGAAAUCGGUCAGCGAGAAAAAUAAUUAUGAUUCGUGGGAUUUUGUAUAUAGAAAUCUAGAAAGUUUAGGAUAUUCUAAGGAUCUUGGAGAUCGAGAGGACGUAUUACACAAACGAGAGUAUGAUUCGCGAAUGGGUAAACAAAAAUUAUAUAAACAUAAUGAUAGCGAUGAGAAAUUUAGUACGCAUCGUUUUGAUAAAAAUAAAGGUGGCAGAAUCGAUGUGAAUGAAAUAGAUUCGGGUAUGACAAACGGUCGGCAUCAUCACGAUACGUUGCCUUUCAAAAAAAAGUCUUCUUCUUUUGACUUAAUGGACUCCAAUAAGUAUCACGAUACGUUUUCCGAGAAUCAUUUAUCUUCUCAUAACAAAGAGAAAAAACACGGUAGUCAAACACUUCCGCUUCAGCGUUCUCAUAGGUCAUCGGAUCAAAUUGUCAAAAUUGCAGAUACAUUAAAAAACUUGGAACUUUCUCGUUCGGAAAGAGAAAAUGCAAAAGAAAAUGCAUCCGUGGGAUGGAAUUGUGCUACUUGCACUUAUCUGAAUUCUUCGUCGAAAGAAAUUUGUGAAAUGUGCGGAAAAUCGAGGCAUAAAGGAAACGAGGAUAAGCCAUUAGCAAGUGGCGGGAAAGAAUGUCCAAAAUGUACGUUAGUUAAUGAAAAGAACGUUUCCAUCUGUGAUGCGUGUGGCACCAGCUUAAAAGAUUCACCUACCUAUAUUUAGAUAAACUAAUUGGUAAAAUUUUAUAUAUGUAUUUAAACUGAAUAGAAAUGGUGAACACAUUGCCCGGAUACUUGAUACUAUUCUAAUAUUAAUAUUUAAGGUGUUUGAAAGAAAGUGUUGAUAAAUACGUGUACCAGUUUACAACAUUUGGUACAAGUAGUAACACAUUUUUUUCUGAUCACUUGAUUUAGAAAAGAAUUUUUAAAGUAUUACCAUUAUAUUAAUCGAAUUUAAAAUUUUUCAAAACACAUGUAUAACGGAAAUAUAAAAGUAUUUAUUUAAAACUGUUCAAGUAGAUUUGUGAUAUGGAUAUAUUAGUAUUAUGAUAAUAUUGUGAUGGCCUAUUAUUUGUUGUUUGGACAGAAUAAAAAUAAACAUAUGCGGAUAAGAAAUACAUUUUGAUUCUAAUCAAAAUUAAAAUAAAGAGUAAUUAAAAAACUAUUACUCGAUUAAAUUAUUACGAAAUUGUUUAUUUUCGCUGAACGUUUAACAAAAGUAUCUGCAUGUGUUUAUGUAAAAGUUAGGCAACUAAAAACUCAUCAUCGAUAUUUGAUAGCCUAAAUAGUUUGUAAUACCACGAAUAAUAUGAAAAUUAUUUAUUAUACAACAUAUAUACUGAUGUCCAUAACAAAAAUAAAACGGAAAAAGAAAGCAGAAAAAUAAUUGUAUGUUAUAUGUAUUGGAAUGUUGUUUAGAAGAAAAGAGAUAUAAAUUGGUAUUGUUAUAGUGUGUAUUGCAAAGGUAUACUGCAAAGUUAUAAGAUUUUAUUUUAUUUUUGUCAAAUUGUAAAUUAUUGUUUUCUAUUUGUUAAUUUUUAUUAAUGUUGACAUAACAAAAUCAAUUGUUUUAACUGCCGAGCAAUUAUUGGAAAUUGUACGUUGUUGUUUUACCUAAAUCGAAAAUAAGAAAGAAUAUUAAUCGCCUUCUUCAUGUUUCGAAUCCUAGUCUAUAUAAUGUUGGCCAUAAAGUUAAUUAUUUUUAAAAAAAUGGCACGAUUUAAAUUUGACAAAUAUUAAAUGAUUUUAAAGAAAAACUGAUACAAUUUACUUGGAUUUAAUGUCUUAAUCAUUUUUUCUUGACUGUGCAAUAUUACCAUUUUAUAGAUUCAUUUAGGAAGCAAAUGUAAAUUACUCGAUACUAGAGAGAUUGCACGAUAUCUUGAUUAAUAAAAAUAUGAUCCGAGUCUAUCGUA